AUGAAAGUAUUCGCCUCAGAUUGUACAUUCGACUACUCAUGGGAAGAGGUGUCCACUGCCAACUGGCGGAAAUACUGCCCUUGGAACGACAAAUCACCUCACGUAAUGGCGGUCGACACCCUCUCUCGCCGCAUUGAACCCGACACCGGUAUCCUCCGAACAGAGCGUCUGAUCACCUGCCAGCAAAAUGCACCGCAGUGGGUAGUCUCAUUACUGGGCGGCGGUACCACGUCGCACGUCUACGAGGUAUCAUAUGUGGAUCCAGCCAGCAAGAAAGUCACAAUGUGCUCCACGAAUCUGACAUGGAGUAAUGUCCUGAGUGUUAGAGAAACGGUGACCUACCAACCUAGCAAAACGGACCCAUUAAGGAAGACGGAUUUCAGUCAAGAUGCUAAGAUCACAGCGCUCUGUGGGGGGUGGCAAAAAGUCAAGGCGAAGAUUGAAGAGGCGAGUGUGGAGAGAUUUCGAGAGAACGCGAAGAGAGGACGAGAAGGAUUCGAGGCCGUGCUGGAGAUGAGCAGGAGAGUGUUUGGAGAACAACGGGAACUAGAGUUGAGGCAGCAGCAGCAGAUGGUUGCAUGA